AGAAUAGUAUUGUUAUAAAAUUAAUUGAAUUUCAAUACAUCUAUCAUUUCAGCAGUUUUACUGAUCAGUUUUAUUUGAAAACGUUAAUUUAUCAAACCAAUAAUGCAUUUCUACUUUUUUAUUAUGAUGUAUCAAGUUAGUAGUUUAUCAAACGCAUUUAUUUUCGCUGACCCACCAUUUGAACAGGAAUCGAAAUUGACUGAUAAAUGUGAGACUCAAUUAAAAGUUAUAUUUCAAAAAAAUGUAAUUGAUGAAGAAGGUAUGGACUUUAAUAAAUUUACAACCCUGCUGAAUAUUUUUGUAAAAUUACACGAUUAUAAUGAAAAUGAAAUUGAAUAUUUAUUCAUCGAAUUAGUUGGAGACAUAGACGGAUUAAUGAACGAGGAACAAUUUGUUUUACAAACGACAUGUGUUGUACAAAAAAUUGAGACUCAAAUAAAUGAAUAUUAUAAUAGAUAUACCCACCAACAUAAGAUGACUAUAGAAGUAUUAAAAGAAGCUUUAUCAGCUUUUAAACUUGAUAUCUCGGAUGAAAGAGCUAUUGAAUUAAUAAAUGUUGAAAGAACAGACGCACAAAAUAUCAGCGCUCAAGCAUUCAGAAACAUAUUGGCGAAAUUGUAUAUCGAAUAUACUUGGACAAGAGAAGAUGAACAAUUAUUAAUGAAAACAUUUGCAUUAUAUGAAUCAUUAGAUCCAAGGUGAAGCUGAGAAGAAGAGAAGCUCCAUUCUUACGCGUUCCCGCUCAAUUCAAGUACUAAAUGUUAAUUAAUAAAAUUAAAAGCACCGAAUAUACUAUACUUACAAAAAUGAAAAAUAUGCUAAUUUCAACAUUUUCUCCUGAUAUUAAUCUGAAAACAAAAUGUAAAAAUAAAUGCAAUAACUUCACUUAAUUGUAAUUAACUAUGAUUGAUGAUAAUUUAACGCAUACAAUAUUUUCUUUAUUUAACAUACUUUAGCAAUUAUUUUAUUU